AACCAACCUCAUUCCCUCCUCAAACUCGCACUGAUCCCUCCUCCAUCUCCUCCUUCUCUCCACCAGCAGCGUCAACAGGGGUCACAGACAAGAAUGCACUGAUAGAACAGCAGACGUAAAAAUGCAGACGCCGUCGGUCAGACUCCGGCGCGCGAUAAUCAACAACGACCUCGCGAUCGUGCAGCGCUUGCUCAGACGGUUCCCCUCGCUGCUCACAAAUACCGACUUUGACCACAAAUCCUGGACAAGUUUGCACUAUGCCGCGUACUACGGUCAUUUCGAGAUCUGCCUCUUCCUGACGCAACUCGGUCACGACGCCGACGAAAUCUCUCUCGACUCGGCAGGCUACACCCCACUCCACCUCUCGGCUCUCAAGAACCACGAGCAAACGAUCCACUUCCUCGCCCAGAAAUUCCCGCGCACGAUCGACCGCGCGACCGCCUCUCCCGAAGGCUACACGCCGCUCAUCCUCGCCUGCGAGCACGGCCACGACGCGUCCGUCAACAUCUUGCUCGACUUUGGCGCGGAUAUCAAUCUGUCGGAUUUGCUCGGCAACCGACCGAUUCACUUUGCGGUCGAGUACGGGCAUCGCAAGGUUAUUCGUACGUUGGUGGACCGAGGCGCGGAUUACCGCACGCCGAACCAUCUGGGCUGGACGCCGUCCCAGGUAUGCUUCUCCGUCGGCGUCAAGAGUUAUCUCACCAGCCUCACCAUCGAAGUCGAGCGACGGCAUGAAGAACGCAUGCAGCAGAAAUUGGUCGAGAAGAAGCGGUUGGCGGAGCAGUUUGUCUCGUCACUACCGCCCCGAACAGAUUCUAUGAAUCCGCCUGUGAAGAAGGAGCCUACACCACCUCCGCCGCCUAUGUCGCCGCCGCCGCCAGCAAAAGAAAGUACAUCCACCCCGGCUCUCGAAUCAUCAUCAUCAUCUCCUCCUUCUAUUCCUCCUCCUCCACCACCAACUGAAUCACCAACUGAGAACACACAACAAGAAGUCAUCACCGACACUACAGAAUCCGCGGAACCCACAGAGCCUACACAACCCUCCGAGCCUACAGAACUCACAGAACCUGCCACCCCACCCGAGCCUAGUUCAUCUACAUAAAAUGUAUCAUACUG